UUUAACUCUAAACGACUCAGCGGCCUGCCGCUUGCGUUUUGACGUUACUUAGUUUACUACUUGUAAUGCUACGUUACUUUUAUAUAUUUUUUUGAUUGCCCUGGAUAGGUAUAUAGUAUUAUAAUCUAAGUUCACGUAAUUAAGUUGGGUUAAAUGUAUUUUACCUUUCUAGAUGUUUGAUGCGUUAAGAAAAAUACAUUCUGUACAAUAAAUCUAGGUCAAAUAGUCUUAAGCUGAGAAGUAGGCAAAAUGGGUGACAGCGAUGAUGAAUACGAUAGGAAACGAAGGGAUAAAUUUCGAGGUGAACGUACCGAAUCAAUCAGAGGUGGUGAUAACCGCAGAGAUGACCGCCGAAUGCGUGAUGAUUGGAAUGACAGAGAAACUUGGGGUGCACGUAGCCGAGGUCGUGGAGAUUAUAGAGGCCCAAUGCGUGAUCGUUAUAGUCCAGGUGCUCAAAGAGAUCUAUCACCUCCAGUUAAGAGAAUGAGACCUCCAGAUUGGGAAGACAGACGCAUUGGUUAUGAACCUCCUGGUUAUGGUUAUGGUGCACCAUGGGAACCGCCUGCACAUCAUAUGCCUCCUGUUUCUAGAAUUAUGACAAUGAGAGACCCUGGAGCACAUACAGUAAAUCACCCUGUUCCACCACCAGCAGAACAGUCUUCAGGAGAUACUCAACCGCCUAUGAUGUCUUUAAAGGCUUUUUUGAUUACUCAAGAUGAUAACAUAACUGAUGAAGAAGCAUUGGCUAAAUAUAAUGAAUACAAAUUGCAGUUUAAACGAAAUCAACUAAAUGAAUUUUUUGUUGCUCACAAAGAUGAGGAAUGGUUCAAAAUUAAAUACCAUCCUGAUGAUAGCAUAAAACGAAAGGAAGAGCAAACCAUAGCACUUAAGAAACGGUUAGAAGUUUUUAAAGAAUUUUUAGCAAAUGGCAAAAUUGAUUCUGUUUGUGUGGAUGCUGAUAAUCCUGAGCCUCUAGUUCAUCUUCUUGAUUCAGUUGUAAUAAAACUUGAAGGAGGCACAGAUUUUGAUUUAACAGUAUUAAAUCCUAAAGAGACAAUAAAAACUAAACAGGAGUUAGAACCUGAAAAAAAAGAAACUGAUAAAAAAAUUAAUGCUGGUGGGAAUUCUGAUGGAGAAGUAGACAGUGAUAAAGAAGAUGAUAACGAAACAAAUAAAGACAAUUCAGAUGUAAAAAAAAGUGAAGAAGCUAUGGAUGUGGAUGGCCAAAAACCUGAAGUCUUGGAUAUAACAAACGAUAGUGAUCAAAAUGAUGAUGUUGUAAAACCAAGAGCAUUGCAUCGUACAACUUCAGUAUUUUUACGUAAUUUAGCCCCCGCAAUAAACAAAAGUGAACUAGAAACAAUUUGUAAACGAUUCCCAGGAUUUAUCAGAUUGUCUAUAGCUGAUCCUUUACCAGAGCGCCGUUGGUUUAGACGUGGUUGGGUAACAUUUGAUAGAGAUGUUAACAUCAAAGAAAUUUGUUGGAACCUUAAUAGUGUUAGAUUGCGUGACAGUGAGCUGGGUGCUAUAGUCAAUAGAGAUUUGAGUAAACGCAUACGAUCUGUGAAUGGAAUAACAAAUCACAGACAAGUUGCUCGUAAUGAUAUGAAGCUAUGUGCCAGCAUUAUAAAUAACUUUGAUAACCGUUCAGGUUUAUGGCAAAUUGACGGCGAGCAACCAAACUCAGAAAAAACUUAUGGUGUUGUAUCACAUAAUCCUAUUCUACAUAACAUUACAGAUUUUUUAAUUGAAGAAGCGUCUGCAGAAGAAGAAGAGCUUUUAGGCGAAAAUGCUGCUUGUGAACCUGAAGAUAAUACCGAAAAAGAUUUACAGCUCUUUAAGGCUUUAGAUAAAAUGUUAUUGUAUUUACGUAUUGUGCAUUCAGUUGACUUUUACAACCAUAGUGAGUAUGUAAAUGAAGAUGAAAUGCCAAACAGAUGUGGUAUUAUGCAUGCACGUUGUGCAUUGCCCAGUAAUCCGCCUACACAACAAGAAAUUACUGAUUAUUGUCACAAUUUUCAAACAAAAGCUAACUCUUUGACUGUGUCAACUUUGCAUGAAGUUAGUGAAAAAGAAUUAAUGCAGCUUGGAGCAAAAAAUGAAGAAGAAGAAAUCGAGAAGUUUGUAACUUCUAAUACACAAGAAAUAUCAAAAGACAAGUGGUUAUGCCCUUUGUCGGGUAAAAAAUUUAAAGGUCCUGAAUUUGUGCGCAAACAUAUUUUCAAUAAACAUAUUGAUAAAUUGGAUGAUGUUAAAAAAGAAGUGAAAUAUUUUAAUAAUUAUCUUCGUGAUCUGAAAAGACCACAGUUGCCUGAACAUCCUGGCAGUAAACAAGGUAGAAAAGAUGUAAAUGAUGCUCCUCAAUCAUAUCCACCAGCUGCAAAUCCUUACCAAAUGCCUGGAUAUCCACCAUAUGGAGGUGCUGGAUUUGGUCGAGGAAUGUAUGGAUAUUCUAGACCACCAGCUCGUGGAGGUUUUAGAGGUGGUGGAAGACCAAUUAUUCAUUACCGUGAUCUAGAUGCUCCUAAAGAACCAGAAGAAAAUUUUAUUUAAAAACAGUAACAAUUUAAUUU